AAGCAGCAAUACAGCAAUAGCAACAAUUUUAAAACUAAAAAAAUGCUUAAAACUCGCACCGUUUUUGCAUUAGUCUUCUGUUUAGCAAUGAUUGUUCAGAUUGAAGCAAGAUCGCUAUUGAUGAAGAGAUUUUUAGCUGGAAUUAUUGAUAAUGAACCAUGUGGAGCAUUCGGAUGUUCAAGCAGUCAAGAUCUAGGAUCGUCACCAAUGUAUGGAAAGUCAAAGAAGAAGCAUAAGACUUAUCACUCGAAAGUAGAAGAAGAUCCUUGGGAUCCUAAAAAUUUCGAAACAGGUUUAGAUGAUUAG